CAUAAUGGUGCGCAUUAAAUUAAACCUAUAAUCUUGAAACUCGGCGAAGACUAAUGAAAAUGAAUGCAUGGACAUCAUUAUUAGUGUGCACACUCCACACUCUUGACUGAAGUGAUGACUUUGUUGAUCACGAUUGGUACUCUCUCUUCAUUCUGGGCUGUUCUGUUCCUCCUAGACCAGCUCAUAAGAAGAUACAGACCAUGGAAAUCGGCCUACCUUCAACGUCUUGAAGAUUGCGGUCUCAGUCUCUCCUUCGCUCAUGUUAAGUGCUACACUACCAAGUUUAAUAAAUUCUUUCACACCAUUGGGAACAGUAGCAGGACUGCUUGUCGUCUAUGGUUUGGACUAGGCGUGCUGACGGGAGUGUUGCUCAUGAUAACGUCAGUUGCCGUCCUCAUGUACACUCUGUUUCAAUUCAUAUUCAGUAAAGUCUCAGAAGAUGGAACUCACUCACAUCAAGUCUUAACUCCUGUGAUGCCCGGUGUUAAUCUACCAUGGAACGAUAUCGCUUACUACCUAUUUACCCUGACUGUGUGCGGUGUGUUUCACGAGGCUGGCCAUGCUUUGGCUGCUUCGACAGAACAAGUCACUGUGACUGGUUUUGGUGUGUUUGUGCUCUUCCUCUACCCUGGUGCAUUUGUGGAUCUUCAUUCCGAUCAUCUGAGUGUGAUUUCACCUAAAAGGCAAUUGAGAAUCUACUGUGCAGGAGUUUGGCAUAAUACAAUACUUGUACUGUGUGCACUCGGUUUGUUAUGGUGUAUGCCCUAUAUACUCUCUCCAUUGUACAUGUCUGGUAUUGGAGCUGUUGUGACAUCACUUCCCGAAGACAGUGUUUUGGCUGGGAAAAUUCGACCGGGAAGCGUGAUCACUCGAGUCAACUCAUGUCUUGUUACUACUGAUGAAGGUUGGUAUAGUUGUAUUAUGGAUAUUGCAAACAGACCACAAAGAGGAUACUGUGUACCCAAUGAAAUGUUAACUGGCAGAGAAGCUUAUGGGGUGAACGAGACAACGGUUGCUGACGAUGGAACGAUUGAAUGUUGUAAAGAACAUUUAGACUCUGAUAUCUGUUUUCACAUAUUCUACAGCAAAGGACGACAUAGUCAAUACAAGUGUUUAACAGCAAGGGCUGUAUCAGCGAGAGAAAUGUGUGGGAGUUCAAGAGACUGUCACGGUGUCUAUGAAUACGCCUGUGUCUUCCCAGCUAUAUCCUCUCCAAGUAAACUAAUAAGAAUUUCACAUACUGAGGACAAAGAUGUAUUAUUCCUCGGAGAUCCAUCUGCUCUUCCUUACAUUGUAUCAACGAGCAGCUUUGUUCCAAGAGUAUCUGUCGCUCCAUUGUGGCUACCAGGACUCAUGAAGACUCUUUGCACGUACUUUAUUUCUCUCUCCAGUGCACUGGCGCUGUUGAACAUGGUACCUGCCUAUUUCCUCGAUGGGCAAUGGACUCUCUCUGUGUUGAUGGAACUUUACUUUGAAAAAAAAAUACCAGAUGCUCAUAAACGACAUUUUAUUUUAAACUGUGUUUUAAUAUUUGGAAGUGUUUUGUUAGGGUUAAAUAUUUGCUUGGGAAUUUGGACACUAAUCAAUUGGUAAAUUAUGU